CCGCAAUCUUUAUUUUAAUUACAUAGCGUUUCUCCAGCCUUUACCAAAACCAAAAACCAAAAUUUAAUUUUUUCCUUGUUAUUUUAUUUACUUUUCAACAUGUCUUGCCGCAUAAAAGUGACGAAUAUUUCCAAACACGUGGACAAGGAAAUCCUGUCCAAGCUCUUUUCCUUCCUCGGACAAGUGGUCACGCUCACCAUCCGACCGAGUGUAAUCAACCCUGAAGUGCAAGAGGCGUCGGUGGAUUUCCAUGACGCAGCCAGCGCCAAAGCCGCUCUCUUCCUUUCCGGAACUGAGCUAGCCGACCGUGCGCUCAUAGUGGCAUCCGAGGACCCACCAAUGAUUACUGCCCCCAUAACGUUUGCACAUCCGCCGGUGCAGCACCCAAUACACCCUGUUAUUCUCUCAACACAUGCGGCUGGGACAGCGCACGCGAUGCCGUUGGCUAAUCCCGCGGUGGUAGCGCAGAUGGCCGGCCGGCCGCGCAACCUGAAUGCGAUUCCGCCCUUGGUCCAAGCACUCAUUCACCCGUCCAUCCUGCAGUUUGACCCGCUCAAGGCCGAGGAGAUUUCGCGCACAGUUUAUGUCGGUAACAUUGCCGCCGGCGUCAAUGAACAGCAACUGAUGGAUUUCUUCUCCGCAUGUGGUCCUGUGGCUUACGUUAAAAUGGCCGGCGACGGCAUGCAGCCGACGCGCUUUGCUUUUGUGGAGUUUUCUGAAAUGGCUACGGCGCAGGCAGCACUGCAGAUGAACGGGAUGAUGAUGGCUGAUCGGCCGUUGAAGGUUAAUCAUUCGAAGAAUGCCAUUAAUAAGCCACAGAGGUCGCUGGGUGCCGGGCUGCCUGGGGUGCCUACGUUGGCGGCUACUGCGUCGCUGCCGAGCUCGGUUGACCCAGCGGCUAUGCUGGCUGGCUCUGCUCCCUCGUCUGCUAGCGGUGGUGGCUUGGCAUGGCCGGUGCUGGGCACGACUAACCCGGUGGCGGCUGACCCGGGCUGGAGAGCAAGCAUAGGUCACCGAGCCGCGAGUCGCGCGGUACCAGGCGGCUGCGGUCGCCGUCGCCGUCGCAGGACAGGAGCCGCAGCCGCAGCCGCAGUCGCCGGCGAAGCAGCCGAAGGGACCCCUCAGAGGACCGCUAUGGACGGAGCCGCCGCCGCGACGACGACUAUAGGCGGUCCAGACGUGACGACGCGUAUGGCCGCCGCAGUACUGCGCGCGACUACCGGUCAAGAACCCCUGAGCGCCAGCACCGCAGCAGCCGCAGAUAAAACUUGACCCAGUAUGGCAGGGGGGAUGCUUUUUUUCUUUUUUCUUCUUUAGUGUCGAAUUUCUUUACAGAAAACAAAGUAAAAAAUC